AUGGCUCGUGCCUCUACGCUCUCCAAGGCUCUUUUGGCCGCCGGAGCCCUCGUGGCCCUGCGCCUUUUGUCAGGCGAGACCUUUGUGACGCCGAAGCAGCGCAACGAAGCAGCAGCGGCGAUGGCAGCUGCCAUGGUGGCAGUAUCUGCACCAGCCAUGGCUGAGGUCCCCACUUUCUCCGUCUUUGGGUUUGGCAGCGGCCAGUCUGACGAUGCCUACAGCCAGAAUGACAACCCGAUCAACCCAUACUCCCAGUUCAGCGAUGGCAGCGACACAGUCUACCAGGCCAAGAACCAGCCUGAGAUGGAGAGGAGGACCAAGUCAUUGAAG